AGAAAGAAAUUUAUUAAAGAAAAAGAAUCUAGUACAAUUUUGUUAGUGUAAAAAAUAAAUAAGGAAUGAGGAACUUGUACGUUUUCCGUUAAAUUUUUGCAAAAACUAUUACAUUUCAUUAAACUACCCCUCGGAUUAGGUCGAAACUAUACAUCAUAAUAAGGUAUUAUGAUCUAGAAUAGUAAAAUUAAAUGUUUCGAAAGAAAACAUUAAUCCACAAAAAAUAACAACAAAAAGAAAAAAAGUUUCCGAGAAAAUUAACGGAACGCGUAACUAAAGUUUGAAAAAACAGGUAGAUUAUUUCUUGAAAAAAUGAGUAAUUUCUCUUUGGGUGAUAACAACGCUCAGUCAAUUGCAAUUCAGAAAGCCAGACAAAUCGCUGCCAAACUUCAAUUAGCCGCCCCAAAUAAGCGACCAAACGACGACGACGACAACGAACCACGCGCAAAAAGAUUUAGUAGUGGUUCCGAUUCCUCAAUGAGUCCAGCAAAUUUACAACAAGCACAGCAAGCAGCUGCUCAAUUAGCUGCUCGUUUUAGUCAGCCAAACUAUCAGCAGAACGUGCAACCUAAUUUAGAAGCUGUUGAGAGAGCAAAGCUACUUAUAAAUAAAUUCGUUCCCCAGGGACAGGCUGGUGGAUCACCAAAUUACGAAAAUAGCCAAGGAGGAGGUGGAAAUGGUCCAGCAAGACCAGGUUUUGGUGCUAAUAGUUGUACAGAGAUGAUGAUCCCCGGAUCAAAAGUUGGUUUAAUUAUUGGCAAAGGUGGACUGACAAUUAAGCAGCUACAAGAGCGUACUGGUGCCAAAAUGGUCAUCAUUCAAGACGGUCCAAAUCAAGAGAUGGAAAAACUUCUGAAAAUUUCAGGAGAUCCACAAAAAGUUGAUCAUGCAAAGCAGCUUGUUUUUGAACUUCUACAAGAUAAAGGAAAUGAUCAGCCUAAUAGAAAUCAAAAUCAGAGAAGCAUGCAAGAUCAUGGUGGUGCUUAUUUCAAUGCUGGACGAGGUGGUGAUGGUGGAGGAGGCGGUGAUCAAUUUGAAAUUGUCAUACCUAAAGUUGCAGUUGGAGUUGUAAUUGGUAAGGAAGGCAGCAUGAUCAAAAAGAUUCAAUCCGAUACUGGCUGCUCAAUGAAGAUUCUUCAGACAAAAGGCGAUGAGCCGGGUGACAGAAUAUGCACCAUUCAAGGUACAAAGCAGCAAGUUGAUGAAGGCAAGAUUAUGAUUGAGGAACUGAUUGACAGUGUACUUCGUAGAAAUAGUGAAGGAGGUGGCGGUCGAGGAGGUGGGGGAAAUGAUAAUUGGUCUAAUAAUCGAUCAGGAGGAGGUGGUUCAAAUUUCCAACAACAACAUCAUCAACAAAGCCAGUCUUCCUCAAUGGGUGGCGUUCAAGUUCAACAAUAUGAAUUCACUGUUCCGUCCAAUAAAUGCGGUAUCAUAAUUGGACGUGGUGGUGAUACCAUCAAGCAGAUUAACCAACAAAGUGGAGCCCACUGUGAAAUGGACCGAAAUAAGUCAGCAAAUCAGAUGGAUGAAAAAACUUUCUCAAUUAAAGGCGAUCAACAUCAAGUUGAGGAAGCAAAGAGACUCAUUCAAGAUAAGAUCAACAUGGAUAUUGAUUUGCAAUAUGUAGGAACAGCAACCGUUAGUCAACCUGCAAAACAGUUUAAUGCUCAGAAUCCUCAGAGCCAAUGGGGUGCUUCAGCUGGUGGAUACAAUCAAGGUCAAGCUGCUCAAAUGCCCGGACCAGGAGCAGGACCACAAGGAGGAGCUGGACAAUCUGAUUAUUCAUUACAUUGGAUUCAAUACUAUAGAUCUAUGGGAAUGCAUCAACAAGCGGAUGCAAUUGAAGCUCAAAUGAAGGCUCAAGCGCAAAGUGCACCUGCAAAUCCACCACAGCCACAAGCUCCAACAGCAGCACCAGGCGGAGGAGGAGAUAGCCAAGGUGAUUAUAGACGCGAAUGGGCAGCUUAUUAUCGUCAAAUUGGUCAAGUUGCUGAAGCUGAAGCUAUUGAACGACAAAUGAAAAGCGGUGGACCAGGAAACGGUAAUCCAUUAAGCUUCCAAGCACCCGGUGGGGCUGGAAAUAUGCAACAACAGCCACAACAACAACAACAACAACAAUAUGGCCAGCAGUAUGGAGCCAAUUACCAACAAUAUCAAUAA